AUGUUAGGCAUCCAUUCCCAGAGACCCAGCGCGUUCUCGCGGGGUGGCUGGAUGACAUGGAUAUUCUCGGUCGUCGUGACUUCAGUCUUGAUCAAUCAGUCACUAGGAUGGCUCAGCUCAAUCUCCCAUCCGGCUAUUCAUCCGCCGUCUGAACCUCUGUAUCAUGCGGGCCCGGCGUCUUCCAGCAACGACCAUUUCGAACGACUGAGCCGACGAGCUGAAUGCCAACAUGGCGGCACAGAGGGAUCUAAUGACAAUCUGUCUCUGCGAGUAGGUGCCGUCUUCAUCAUUCUUGGGGUAUCAUCGCUGGCCUGCUUAUUCCCGAUCUUGGCGGUCAAGUUUCCCGGACUCAAGAUGCCAGCUGGCUUCUUCUUCGCGGUCCGACACUUUGGAACUGGCGUCCUGAUUGCGACCGCUUUCGUCCACUUGCUACCUACCGCUUUUACCCUGCUCGGGAACCCAUGUCUGCCCCAGUUCUGGACCAACGAUUAUCCCGCCAUGCCUGGCGCUAUCGCUCUCUCGGGUAUCUUUAUCGUCACUGUGGUGGAAAUGGUGCUUCAUCCUGCUCGAAAACUCACACCUGAGGUACAAGCAGCAUCAACUAGAGCGCCCGCUGCAAUGCAGGUGCUUCGGGGCAGGUCAAUGAGCAUUGGUCGGGGUUUAUCGCAUAUUGACUCAGUAGCACGGAGAAAUGACAACGGAAAUGGGGAUGGAAUCGAACCGACGUUGCGAGAAGAAGAAAGCAGCACACCGGAGCCCAAGCUGUAUCUCGAAACUGGUCUCGAUGGUACAGCGGCGGAACCACAGGCACUCCUGACUCCUGAGCAGAAACGUAGGAAGGAGGUUAUGAACUGCGUGCUUCUUGAGAUUGGAAUUUUGUUCCACAGCGUUUUCAUUGGCAUGGCCCUGAGUGUCUCGAUAGAGGGCAGCGAGUUUGUCGUUCUUCUUAUUGCCAUUUCGUUUCACCAAACAUUCGAAGGAUUGGCUCUAGGUGCCAGAAUCUCAGCAAUAGAAUGGAAACAAUCAAGUUUCCAACCCGUGUUGAUGGCUGUGGCCUAUGGCUGCACCACGCCUAUCGGCCAAGCCAUAGGGUUAGCCGCUCGCUCCGCGUAUAGUCCCGAUUCAGAUGUCGGUCUCCUACUCGUGGGGAUCAUGAACGCCAUUUCGGCCGGCUUGUUGGUCUUCGCAUCGCUGGUCGAGUUGCUGUCCGAAGAUCUGCUCACAGAUGAGAGUUGGCGUAUCUUGAGAGGUAAACGCCGGGUGGCCGCGUGUCUCCUAAUUCUCGCUGGUGCUUUUGGUAUGAGCUUGGUUGGUGCUUGGGCAUAA